AUGGCUGUCUUCUCCACCAUGCUCACCUCCGAAGCCAACGGCUGCUCCCACGGCUCCUCCUGCAACUGCGGCUCUAGCUCCGGCCGCGCCCCCUCCAACGCCGCCGCCGGCGACUGCAGCACCCACUCUGGGUCUUGUACCUGCGGCAGCAACGGUCGACUCGCCAACGAGUGCAACACCAACGGUCCUGGUGGUAAAUGCUCCUCUUGCCAGAACACCGUUUGUGCUUGCGGCACUGGGUGCGGCUGCUAA